UGUCGGUCACGAUACGCAACAUGCGUACGAUGAUGACGGUGCGUUCGUCUCACGUCCUCGGUUCCCUUCUGGGGCUUCUCUACGGGACAACCAUGUCUGCUGGCUUCACCUUCGGCGGUAGCUACGGGGGCUACGGGGGCUCAGGGAUUACCUUCACGAGCAGCAUCGGUAGCUGCUUGGUAUCUUCUCUGGCAAAGAACUAGAACGAGCCUCAAGAAAAAUAUGUGGCUUUUCGUGGUGGUGUGUGUUGUGGGUCUCAAUUGGCAUGGCAUGGAACGGUAGAACUUCGGGUAGACAAAAUAGUGGUGGUGCCCUGAAGUUCUAUUGUCCUCGAUGCCGAUCAAUUUGCUUGGGUGGUGCUUUUUGUUGGCUGAUAUCAUGCACCAGGAACUGCCGAUGCACCAUAGUCUAGCCAUCUCAAGAUCAGAAUCUUUUCUUCAGUGCGUGUUUCUCGUGUGUUGUUUUCUCCAACUCGCUCGUCUGACGCUGGGGUUCUCUGUCUCUAACGGUUUCGCUCCUCUUUUUCCAAUC